GCUCAUCCACCCAGCGGCUGCGUGGGGCUGUGCCAGCCUCCCUCUAUAAAUGGCUCCAUCCAUCCUUCCUCCGGCAUUAGAACUUCUCCCAGGGACGGUGAGAACAUGAGGACCUCAGGAGGGAUUAUUCUGCUCUUCCCGCUCGCCCUGCUCGUCUCAGCUCAGGGUGAUAGGAAAUGCCCCCCGCCGGUGGAGUACCAGAACGCCAGCCUGGUGAGGAAAGUGCCCCCCCAGCAGCGGUUCAGCAGCGGGGCCCGGCUGGAGUACGGGUGCCGGGAGGACUUCACCCCCGCCGGGGGCCGGAGGGACGUGGAGUGCCUGGACGGGAGCUGGACCAAGCUGACCCUGCUGUGCAAGCUGCGCACCUGUGGCAACGCUGGGGAUCUGCCCAAUGGGCAGCUCCACUACGAAGGGGAGACCUACAUAGGAGAGAGAGUUUAUGCCACAUGUAACAGCGGAUACACCCUGAGAGGAAAGGGGUUCAUGACGUGCAAAGCAUCUGGGUGGACUGGUGAAUUUCCAUCUUGUAUAGAGGGCUGGAGCAGAGUCACCUGCUCCCACCCAGCAGUGCAGAACUCGGUGCAGACGUUCAGAGACCCCUCAGUGUUCCGGGUGGGGGACAGCCUAAAGGUCAGCUGCAAAAAGCAUUUCCAGCUGCAGGGAGCCGCACAGAUGACCUGCGGGGAGGAAGGGCUGUGGCAGCCUCUGCCUCCUCGAUGUCUGCCGUCGCCCACUAAAACCCAGACGCCACCCAGCCCAGACAAAGGUGGAUGCGGUGCCCCGCCCCCCGCCAGGGACCCCCAUGCCCACCUGGCCGAUAAGUACAUCACCAUGGCGUCCUUUUCCUCUGGGGACAGGGUGUACUACAUGUGUGAGGUCGGAUACUUUCCAGCAGGAGGAAGCAAGAUGCGCAUGUGCAACAACGGAAAGUGGACAGAGCUGAAGAUGAACUGUGAACGGACCUUUUGUGGAAAUGCGGGAGAAAUAGAAAACGGACUGUUUUUUUAUACCGGAGUAAUGUUUGGGGACACUGCCACAGCCGUUUGUAAUGAUGGGUUUAAACUAGUUGGAAAAGCCACCAGACACUGCAUGCAUUAUGACUGGGAUGGACGUGUCCCCGUGUGUGAAGCUGUGGAUUGUCCAGAACCGCAAGUUACGAAUGCAGAAAGGAAAGAUUAUGGUGAGACACCAUACCUCUACAGAAGUGUGAUCAGCUACGAGUGCCGUUCGGGAACGCUGGUUGGGCCAAAGGAGAUCUGGUGUACAGAGAAUGGGACAUGGAGUGCUGCCCCUCCAGAGUGCAAAGAAAUAACAUGUCCAUCACCAAAUGUGCGCAAUGGCCUCUGGAUUGGAUCCCAUAGGCAAAGAUUUCAGCCUAUGGAAACCUUAACGAUUGUAUGUGAGAGGGGAUUCACCAUCAGUGGGCGUCACUCUAUCGUCUGCAGCAGUGAAGGCCAGUGGACACCUUCUCUUCCCGAGUGUCGUCAGUCAUAUCCAGCAUAUUUUAGGGGCUAAAUGAGGGACCUAAACCACAAUAUUCAACCAAUGCUCAAUAUUCAGUCUGUAAAGAUUGAAAGUAAUCUCUAAGCUAAAAAUGCAUUUCUUCCAAAAUUAAUACUGAAAGAUCAUUCUUUAAUAAUGUACUACAAUAUAUUUUGUUUCUAAUACUUGUUUAUCAUCAGUAUACAGACAUUAAAAUAUAUAUUUAAAAUGAAACUGAAGUACAGAAUGUUUAUUUUUGAUAAGUGUUUUGGGGAGUAACAAGUACAAACCUGUUUCAUUCACCUCUGUACAUGUUUUUUUUUCUUUUCUUAGUUUUUUUUUUUACAGUCAAUAAUGCGUAUCAUCUCUAUAAACUAAAGGAUGAGUGAGCAUCUCAUGGACAAACAAGCUGCAAGAAAAUAAGAACACCGAUUCCAUUCAUUUAAAAAGACAGUACAAAAUUCAGACAUUUCUUUACAUGAGCAAUAACAAUUCAAGUGCAAAUAUCAUUAUCAACUCCGAUACAUCAUAGCAAACUCUUAAAAGGCAACAAUUAAACAAAAAAAAAAUCAGGCUGCAGGAAGAGGGUGAUUCAGGUGGAAGGAGCAGGGGGAGCGUUGGGAAUGAGGGUCACGUGAGCACACUGGGAUGCUGGGUGAUGAUAUCCACGUAGAGAUGAUGAUAUGUAUCUGAAGUUGAUGUGAGAUGUGAACAGAGGAACAUUAAAUUGCUAUGAAUUGAUUGCCCCAACAGCACCCUCAAGUUAGAUAAAUUCCCUUUGUGUCGUCCAUUACAGUCUGUGACAUGUGGUGUCCCAUCCCAUCUCUUUUUAUUUACAUUAUAUGGAACACAACAUCCUAGAUACAAGAGGGCACGCUUCAAAGUACAUGUAGGUCCAUGAUGGGGAGGACGUGAGAGGAACAUCCUCAUAUACUUUAGGAAAUUUGUGUCUUCCCUUAAAGCAGAGAGCAUCUGUGAGGACUUCAGAAAGUCACAGUGCCAGGUCAAGAAACAAUCUGAUACACAGCCCCAAAAAUGUGUCAUUUGCACACAGAUGAUGUGUUUGUGAACUUCAGGGCUGCAGCUGGUUACUGUUUCUGAAUAAAGCCAGACAGACCCCCACCCCCCCUUUAUUUAACGUUCUUAACACUCUCGACACAAAGGCAAAUGAUCAUAUUUCCCCAAAUACUGGACUCUCUAAUACAUCUAACAUAAACCAAGUGUUAGGUUUUUGUUCAAUUUGAAUUCUUGUCUUACCCUGUUUUAGUUACUCUUCAGUCAAAGUUGUUUAAUACACCAAAUUCUUUUCAUUGCAUGUAACUAAUAUACUUUUUUCCAGAUUAUUAGGACUAAAUGUGUUUUAAACUAAACAUAUUCCACCCAUGGUGAUUGUUAAAUAUGUGAUACAGUCUGCAAAAGUGCAGCCCAAAACACAUUUUGCAAGUGUCCUUGUGGGUCUAAACAGGGCGUAACAGGAAAUGAAGAGAGCUAGUUUAAUUCAUUGCACUUUUAAAACUGUGGGAUGGCAGGUUUUAAAUCUAGUGCACAAAAGUACUUGAGCCACCCCUUUUGAGCAGUCUUUGGAAACGCUGUCUUCACAAAAUGUGAGAGGGGGGGGGGGGGGGUGGGUGUGG